ACUAUACUAUUUUAGUGUUGUAUAUGUGUUGUAUAACCCCAAAUGUAUCAUUCUUGACAGUUACACAGAUUAAGAAUAUAGGUUUCCUAUGUUUCGCUUAAUUAUGUUUAUCACUAACUGUUAGAAAGAUGAGUGAUUCUGAAGACGAAAAUUAUGUCACGUUUGGAGUUCCUCUUGAUCCUAUAGACGAAGACAAUUUACCAAGAAAAAAACCUGUAACAAUAGAAGAUCAGUAUGCAUAUGAUGCACAAGGCAGACGUAGAUUUCAUGGUGCAUUUACGGGUGGUUUCUCUGCUGGAUACUUCAACACUGUGGGUACCAGAGAUGGCUGGAGACCACAACAGUUCAAGUCCUCAAGAAGUAGCAAAGCAGAGAAUAUUACUCAACAUCCAGAGGACUUUAUGGAUGAGGAGGAUACCAGUCAAUUUGGAAUUGCACCAAAAGGUAUUCGUGCAACUGAUGAUUAUGUUGAUCAUGGUCAAAGAGGCACAAAAAGAGAGAGAAUCACCCAAGAUAAUGGUCCUAUUCCUGGUACUCCAGUGUUAAAAGAGCUCCUGAAGCCUGUGAAGUAAGUGGUUUCUAUUAUUAUAAUUUAUUAUCAAGGUGUAGGAUCAAGGCUUACAAAAAAGGAAAAAGCUAAGAUGAAAAGAAGAAAUGAGAAAAUAAGACAAAUACAACAAAAAUCUAGAAAUGCAAGUUCAGAAAGUAGCUCAGAAGAUUCAGAAAAUGACUAUGGAAAUGUUACAUUUGCUCCUGAUGACUAUGAACCAUUUAGAUGUAAUCCUAAGGACAAUUACUUUGGUAUAGGAUACAGUGGCUUAGAUAGAAGAACCAUAUUAUCUGGUCAUGUAAAUUUAUUUGAUGCUCCAGCAUUUAGCGUUCAAGACAAAAAUAAAAAGUUAUCGAUACACGGACAAGCAUUUGGAGUUGGUGCAUUUGAAGCAGACGACGAAGAUAUAUACGAAAGGGACGACAUGUCGCGUUACGAUUUUGCCUUAGGUCCAGAACGCAAACCAAAAACAAGAUGGUCGGAUGAUAACAGUUCCAGAAAUUCAAGUAGCAAUUGCUUGGAAGGAUUCGCAUUGGCAAAAAAUAAAUUGGAGCAAAAGAAGGUCUUUCCACCUCCAGAACUACCCAAGGAUUUCGUACCGGUACAUGCGGUUAGAAAGACUCGAUUUUACCCGCCGAUUGAGAACGUUCCUCGUGCAAUAGAGAAUGGAAAACGUAAGGAUCUCACGGCUGCGGAUAGAGCCAGAAUAUUAGAGGACACACCCAGUGUGAAAAAACUAUCGGAAAUGUAUCCAAAUUCCGUGCCAUCGGUUGCCUCCAAUAUCAUCUCAAAAACGUUAAAUUUACACGGAAAGCAACAAAUGGAAGAAAGACAGAGGGAGGAGAGUCAACGAGCCAAAGCAGCUCCAUCGUGGUUCGAUAAAUUAAAUGCACAAAGUUUCGUCAAAGGAGGCGUCGUUGGGUUUAUCAAAGAUUCUGAGAGAAGCUUGAAAAAAUUAGAAGAAUUCAAGGAUUCUUCGACUUCUGAUGAACGUCAAACGAGUAUAGAUAGCAAUAAGUUAGACGAAGACAAUUCCACGAAGAAAAACAACGUGAAACCAUUUUUAUCUGAUCCUGAUAAACAGAGACGAUUCGAGCAAUAUUUAAUUUUUGCAAAGAAUGGAGAGAAAGAAAAGCUUGAAACUAUACAGCCAUUGUCGAUGACAGAAUGGGACAGAGACCACGAACGCAUUGAAUUUGAGCAAGCAGCUAGGUUAUUUGAGCAACCAACGAAUGAUUAUGUUGCGAUCCAAUUCACACAUAGUUCUGAUCCCAUGUGCUCGGAUAUUCCUGCGAAGUCCAGUCAAGAGAAUGAAAUGCAACAAGCUGUAAAGAUGAAAAUGUUCGGGAAAUUAACUCGAGAACGUAUGGAAUGGAAACCAGCAAGUAUAGUUUGUAAAAGAUUUAAUAUUCCUGAACCGAAAACUGGUUGUGUUCAACCUGAAAUGCAGAAAAAAUUGACAAAGUUCUCAAUCUUUGAUUCUAUCGAUUGGAGCAAUUCUACAAGAUUCUUAAAAGCAACUGACACGGUAUCGAAUGAAACAAGCGUAGCUAUUGCACCGCAAAAAGAAGAAAGUGGUAUUGAUAGUACGAAUUUGGACACGAUGACGAAUAAUGAUAUGUCUUUCAACAGUCAUCAAGGUUUGGAAUCUGUUUCAGAAAAAAUGAGAAAUUUUGGAGUUUCCUAUGAAAAGGUUUUUGGCAAAGAAGUCCAAGAAACAUCUUCCGAUGUUUUUGACGAUGAACAAAAUUUAGAGAGUAAAUCUGAUUCAAAUACAGUGUCAAAGGUUGUGGACAAACAAGAGGAAAAUCAAGAAGAUACCAAGGGUACAAUGAAGAUAGUGUCAAAGAGUAAAUCAGAAGAGAAGAAAGAUCUUUUUAAAGCAAUUUUCUUGAGCAGCAGUGAAGAAUCUGAUUCAGAGCCAGAAGAAAGUGUAGACAGUGAAGCAGUAAAGUCUGUUUUGAUUGGUAAAGUUCCAGGAGAAAUAAAUGUGAACAGAAAUACCUCUCCACCAAGAGGAAUUUUUGCCAAGGUAGAUCUGGAUAGCUUGGUUACUAGUACAAGGAGCAAUACACAGACAAAUGAAAAGACAGAUAAUGAAAAGGAUGUAAACUUAGUAAAGCUUCAAGUAGAAACUGAACCAAAACAAAGUGACAAUAAUCCCAAUUCUCCAGAGAUUCAGUUGUUGCCUGAUAUGUAUGGACCUGUUCUUCCUUCAAGGUUAUUGAAGAGUGACACUAUUACAGAAGAACCAUCCAGUUCACAAACCUUGAAGCCUGUAUUUAGAAGUGUUGUUGUACCAAAACCCAAAGUGGACUCCAAAACUGCUGGGGUGUGGGUAGAACGGGGAAAGGUGAAGAAAUCAAAAAAGGAGAAGAAAAAGCACAAACAUAAGGAACACAAAAGUUCAAAACAUAAGCGGAAAUCGAAGAAAGAGAAACGUGAUUCGUGAUGCAAGGAAAUGAAACUGUAAUAAAGGCAUUAAACAAAGAAG